UCGAAUUAUAAAUUAAUGAAUAAACCAUUACGAUCUUCACAUCCCUUAUUUAAAAUUGCUAAUAAUGCUUUAGUAGAUUUACCAGCUCCAAUUAAUAUUUCAAGAUGAUGAAAUUUUGGAUCUCUUUUAGGACUUUGUUUAAUUAUUCAAAUCUUAACGGGAUUAUUUCUGGCAAUACAUUAUACAGCAGACGUAAGUCUAGCUUUUCAUAGAGUUAACCAUAUUUGCCGUGAUGUAAAUUAUGGUUGAUUAUUACGAACAUUACACGCUAAUGGUGCUUCAUUUUUUUUUAUUUGUAUUUAUCUACAUGUAGGUCGAGGGGUAUAUUACGGCUCUUAUUUAUUUACUCCAACAUGAAUAAUUGGAGUAAUUUUAUUAUUUUUAGUUAUAGGAACAGCUUUUAUAGGUUAUGUUUUACCUUGAGGACAAAUAUCUUUCUGAGGAGCAACUGUAAUUACAAAUUUAUUAUCUGCUGUUCCAUAUUUAGGAAUUGAUUUAGUACAAUGAGUAUGAGGAGGAUUUGCUGUUGAUAAUGCAACUCUAACUCGAUUUUUUACAUUUCAUUUUAUUCUUCCUUUUAUUGUUCUAGCAAUAACUAUAAUUCAUUUAUUAUUUUUACACCAAACAGGAUCAAAUAACCCUAUCGGGUUAAAUUCUAAUAUUGAUAAAAUCCCAUUUCAUCCUUAUUUUACUUAUAAGGAUAUUGUUGGUUUUAUUAUUAUAACUUUUUUAUUAAUUUCUUUAGUUUUAAUUAGACCUAACUUAUUAGGAGAUCCAGAUAAUUUUAUCCCCGCUAACCCAUUAGUUACGCCAGCUCAUAUUCAACCUGAAUGAUAUUUUUUAUUCGCAUAUGCUAUUCUUCGAUCUAUCCCCAAUAAAUUAGGAGGUGUAAUUGCUUUAGUUCUUUCAAUUGCAAUUUUAGCAAUUCUCCCAUUUUAUAAUUUAAGAAAAUUCCGGGGAAUUCAAUUUUAUCCAAUUAAUCAAAUCUUAUUUUGAAUUAUAGUAGUAACAGUAAUUUUAUUAACAUGAAUUGGGGCUCGACCUGUAGAAGAACCUUAUGUUUUAUUAGGACAAAUUUUAACAUUAAUUUAUUUUUUAUAUUAUAUAAUUAAUCCUUUAGUAAAUAAAUGAUGAGAUAAUUUAUUAAAUUAGUUAAUGAGCUUGAAUAAGCUUAUGUUUUGAAAACAUAAGAUAGAAAUUUUAUUUUCUAUUAACUU